AUGCUAGGGAAAUUUCACUUAAAAUCGAGGAAAAGGAGGACAAAGGAGAAGCACGAACGUCUGUUUGACGAUAACCGCAAAGUACUCAUCCAUCAAACCUGCGACGACAUCGAGAACGAAUCAUUGCAAUUCAGGAAAGACGUGGAAGAAGAAAUUUUAUGGAUUGCCGAAAAAAUACCCCUAGCCAAUUUCACGGAAUACGGCAACAAUCUAUUCCAAGUGAAAAUGCUACAAAAGAAAAAUCAGUCGCUACAAACUGAAGUUGAUCAUCAAGAAAUGCGCAAUAAUGUGGAUGAGCAAACAAGAAUUGUAGAUGAUGUUAGAAAACCAAGCUUAGAUGAAACCCAGCGUUAG